UUUUUACGUCACCCUAACCGGAGAGCGCGCCAAGAACAACGUGAUCGGCCUCCACACCGCCGUGGGCAUGGGGAAGCAGACGGUGGCUUUCAACACUUGGAGGGAUGGGAAGUUUCAGAGGGAGGAAUGCCACAAGACGGACUUCCCGUUCCGCGCGGGAAAACUCUUUGACAUGUUCCUGGUGGCCACGGACAAGGAGUUUGUGAUCACGGUGGACAAACAUACCUACUCUUACACUCACCGCGUCCCGAUGGAAGAGCUGGAGUUUGUGUCUGUGUGUGGCGCUGUGAAUCUUGUAGAUGUCCAGUUGUUGUCUCCAAUGCCACCUGACUUUUUCAAGCGCAUUCCAUCUGGCAUGGAUGAAAAUGACGUCAUCACAAUUAUCGGGUUUUUGACCACCGCUGAUGACAGGUUUGAUUUGAAGCUGCUUCGCGGACAAGACAAGAACUCCGGAAACGCGUUAAGCUUUUGGCUGAGUGUGCGGGACGAUCAGCUGAUGGUCUCAGGAUACAGCCAGCAGACGUUUCCGCUGACAGGCAAGCUUCCGGUUAUGGCGCCUUUUGACAUGGAUUUGGUGGCAACCGAAAGUCAAAUCGCGAUUUUCGUGGGCGGUGUCAAAAUCGGUGAGGCUAAAUUAGCGUGUUCUCUCACGGAGAUCAGAGCAAUCCAGGGGCCGGAGACUGGCGUUUUGUUUGAGGCUGUGCUCGCCAAGGGCUGGGACACCAGACUCCAUCGUCUCCCACGACCUCUUUGCCUGGAAGCCUCCAUCUCUUUCUCCGGGGUGCCCAAACCCAACUCCAACUCUUUCAUGAUCGCUUGUCAGACCGGAGAGUUUGAAGACAGCGAUGUGGUUUUCUGCCUCAACGUUUCCUUCACUCAAAACUCCACUCUGCUGAACACGCGAGAAGGAGACGUGUGGGGGUCUGCACAAAUUGUCAAGCGGGAAUUUCCGUUCCAGACCGACAAGAAGUUUGAAAUCGUCGUUUUUUGCAAGAAGGAUUCUUUUAAGAUAAUCGUGGACGGGGAAAACUACGCAGAUUUUGUCAGUGACGUAGAGCUGGCUACCGUGAGUUAUGUCAGCAUGAUGGGAGACUGCCUGUUCCUGGAGCCAAUAUUUCACUACUAGAUUCUGUGUAUGUGACUCACCGUGACCCAGCACCACACGUAGGCACGACUCGACGCUCAGCUCACUCUGGAUAGGUGGACCUUUCACUUGUACAUGACUAUACUGCCCCCGUGAUUUUAUGCACCCCGCAUAAUUUAGCAAAAUUUGAUCAUUUUUUGAAAAAUUUCUAAUUAUUUUCCUUAAUAAUUCCUUGAUAUAAUUAACACUAAUAACAGAAUCGCAUAAUUUCACAUUUUUGGGCUCAGUUUGCAUAAUUUCAUAAUUUU